GGGGGCUCGGCGGCGGGUCCAUGGGGUCCCCGGCGCUGACCGCCGGCAGGCAGCUGUGGGCCCUGCUGGACGAGCUGGCGGCCAGCGACCCCCAUGGCUACCGCCGCUUCGUCCAACGACAGCUGGGCCAGGCCCGGGCCCUAACCUCCCCGCCAAACCCCGACCUCUGCCUGAAAACCGCCCUGCUGAAACCACGAGAAGAAACGUUAUUCAUCGCCCUGUGUGGAUGGCACCGAGUCCCCGCUCCCAAGUCGGCCACGGAUCCGGUGCCUCUGAGGGCCGGGCAGCUGGAGGAAAUCUCUGACCCGGCAGGUUCGCACCUGGCGGUGGUCGUGGCCUACAACGCGGACCUGCUGCGGGCCGCGGCUGAGGACCAGGCCGAGCUUGACCAGCUGAUCCGCCUGGCGAUGCGCUACGUGGAGGAGCGGUUCCAACUGACCCUGGGCCCCUCGUACCCGCGGGCCCCGUUUCCACGGUGGGGAAGCCCUCGGAGGCUGGAAGAGAGUCUGAUGGGCGUCCGGGAAGGCGUCACCCAAGCAAAGGACAGAGAACUUGGGCCCUGGCAGCUGCCUAACGGCGGGGUGAGCGCCCUUCCUGAGCUCCUGCUGCCGCAGGGCACGACCCCCGCCCAGGGCCGGGGGCUGAUCGAGGAGAUCCCCACGGCGCCCCAGAUCCCAGCCCACGAGCUGACGGUCGUCAAGGAUCAGGACGGAAGGCCGCUCAGGAUCGACGUCAAAGUGGAACUGGCCCAAGUCAGCUCGGCGUCCGAGUGCGACCUCAGCGUGUCCGAGGACGACCUGGUGGUCGAGGUCCCGGACAGAUACAGGCUGCAGCUGGACCUGCCCCAGCCCGUGGACAACGCCGCCGCCACGGCCACCUUCGUCCCGGGGAAAGCCACCUUGCUCGUCACCGUGCCCGUAGCUUAGGGCUGGAGGCGGAGGAAAGGACCUUUCCUGGAACUGCGCCAGACACAUCCCAGAACCAUCCUGAGCCACCCGCGCCAGCGGCGGUCCAUUCCCCGGAGACCACAGGCCGCACGGAAAGUGGAGCCGGCGGGCCCGGGAACCACCGAGAUUCCACGGCCGAUAAUACCGGCUCUGGCUCAGCUAUCCCAACGUCGAGUCUGGAGACCUAAACAAAUCAGAAUGUAGCCUUGGGGAGCUUUAACCUUUGUCAUCUUGCACCCCCCCCAUUUAAUCAGCUGCGCCCACAAACACACCCAACGCUCACAUACCCAUAAGAUCAAAAACCGAACCGGACACACUGAAAAUGGACAGCUGUCUUUAAUCUUUAACAGGCCGAUUCUAAUCCAGAGGAGUGUCCCUACCUCCUUUUUUUUCAGCCCGGGGGUGGGAGGGGGAAGAGAACCAUAAAGGGAGUAUUCCUGGCCUGUCACCCAGGUGCAGACUAGAUGAAAGCGGCCCCGUGGGCGGCUUGCUCUAGUCACACCGGUGAAAGGCCGGGGCAGGGCAGGGUGGAACUGGUCUCUUGCAGUAGCAACAGCAGAAACAAAAAAGCCAACUUAAAUCUGCAAAACUUUCAGCCGCCUCUGCCCCUCUGCGAUGGUCCCUUGUAACAGGCCGGAACCCCCCCGGGGGUGUUUCCCAACAGGCCGAGGCCGGGGCGAGCGGGGCCGGGCCACGGAGGAAGAGGAGGCCGCGAGAAAGGACCCACCGCUCACGUUCAUUUUCAAGUUGUGAACAAUCCCGAAGAUUUAUUAAAAUGCUGCCGUUCAA